AUGGCGGCCUUCACGCUGCUCCCCGGCGCGCCCGCCGCGGCCACUCCUCCUGCUCUGGGGCCGCCCGUCGCGGCGCCGCACAGCACGGGCAGCGCGGCCCCGCGCAGCGCGCUGGUGCCCUGCGCGCUGCUGGGCCUGGCGGCCGUGCGUCGAUGGUGCGGCGCGAAGCGCCCGGCGCGGGCGGUGCUGCGACGCGCGAAGAGGAGCGAGCUCUUGCGCUUCGGUGGCGCCAGUUGCGCUACAGCCUUGAUGCCGCAGGUGGUCUUGGCCAAGACGAAGGAGGAGGCCGCGGGAGAGCUGAAGAGCUACUCGAUGGCGGAGAUCGUGCCGACCGAGGAAGCACCGUCCGGAUGGCAGUGGGUGGUGGAGGGCAUUGGCCUCACACAGGAUGCUUACAUGAACAACCAGAAGUUCCUCACCGCUGAGCCCACCAUCGUGCGCUUCUUGGCGCCGCCCUUCUGGUCCGUGGCCACGCCAAGGGUGGACUACAACGGCGCGUCGGGCACGAUCCAGAUCAACAACUAUGCCAAGGGUGAUUCCGCAACGGUGUUCAUCGACACGGAGUUCAAGGGAAACCUUCAAGACAUGAAGCAAGCGGAUUUCAAGAAGUCCUUCUUUCGCGCCUUGACCUUGAAGGGCUCCGCCUCCUUACAGGGCCUCAGCAUCGGCAAAGUCAGCGAUUUAGAGGGCGCUCCCAAUUACAAGCUGGUGUCCUUCGAUUGGACCUUGUUCACCGGCGCGGGCUUCGAGAUCGAUCGUGAUGGCUUUGCCGUGGUGACGCAGCUGACGCCCGGGGGACCCUUGCAGAUCUUCUGGGGCGGCGUGGUCUCCACGCGGUUCAAGGAGAUGAAGGAGACCUUGUUGGACGUGAUCAAGAGCUUCCGCUGUGCCAAGGUGCCGGAGGGCAUUAAGAUUGAGAUGAGGAAGGAGUACAAGGAUUUCAACACCAACUUCAGGGAAGGAGAGCCAUGA